AUGACGCAACCGGCAGACAUCGAGCGCGUCAUCGACGGCGCCGCGACGUCGUUCGGCGGCAUCGACAUUCUGAUCAACAACGUGGGCGGCUCGCGGGGCGGCCAGACGUGGGACACCAGCGACGACGACUGGAACCUGGCGCUGGACCUGAACCUGUUCGCGGCCAUCCGCGCCUCGCGGCAGGCGAUUCCGAUCAUGCAUCAGCGCGGCGGCGGGCGCAUCAUCAACAUCUCGUCGAUUUAUGGGCGGGAAGCGGGUGGGCCCAUGACCUACAACGUGGUCAAGGCGGGCAUGAACAGUUGGUCGAAAUCGCUGGCCAAGCAGUUGGCUCCGGACGGGAUUCUGGUCAACGUGGUGGCGCCGGGCUCCAUUCUGUUUCCCGGCGGUUCGUGGGAGCGGCGGCAGCAGGACAACCCGGAGUUCAUCGCUAAUUUCGUGCGCACCGAAAUGCCCUUGGGGCGCUUUGGCCACCCGGAAGAGGUGGCGGCGAUGGUGGUGUUUCUCGCCUCGCAGCGGGGGUCGCUGAUGACCGGCGCCUGCAUCAACGUGGACGGCUGCCAGUCGCGGUCAAACAUCUGA